AUGGCGCCCCGGAAACUAUCGCGACUUAUACCGCGUGACCAGAGAUGGCUCAUCGUAUGCUUGGUACUGGUCUCAGUAAUCGAUUCCGUGCUCGUCGGCUAUGACAGUUCGCUUAUGGGCAGUCUCAAUGUCAUGCCCACCUACAAGAGCUACUUCACCCUGACUACCGCCACGACGUCCCUGAACACGGCCAUCUCCUACAUCGGUGGUGCCGCUGUUGCACCCUUUGCCGGCCUCUUGGUCGACUGGCGAGGCCGGCGAGAAUGCGUGUAUUGGUCGGCUCUCUUUACCCUCAUUGGGGGUCUGAUCCAAGGAUUCUCGAAAAACAUUGGCAUGUUCAUUGCUGGCCGAUGCAUCGUCGGCGGAGGCAUGGGGCUGGCUCAAACAGCCGCCCCGACCCUGGUUGCCGAGACUGCUCCCGUCAAGUACCGAGGCCUGGCUCUUGGCAUGUACUACGCUUGCUGGGGUGUCGGCACCUUGAUCGCCGCUGGUGUCUGCUACGGGACCCAAAACAUUGACUCUACGUAUGCCUGGCGCAUUCCCAGUCUUCUCCAAGUUGUACCAAGUCUCGCCUGCUUUUUGAUAUUGCAAUUCGUCCCCGAAUCUCCCCGCUGGCUCAUUAGCCGCGAUCGCCACGACGAGGCUCUGGAAAUUCUCAACAUUGUCAAUGGCGGUGAUACCGACGAAUCGCAGGUCCAAUACCGGGAGAUUGCCGAUACCAUUGCCCUUGAGAAGGACCGCAACUUGUCCCUGUUCCAAGCGCUGUCCAAGAAGUCCAACCGGAAGCGUCUGAUGCUGACAUCCACAUUUUCCAUCAUUGUCAUGCUCCCAGGAACCAACAUCAUCCAGUUCUACUUUGGCGACAUGCUUACGGGCGCGGGCAUUGAGAGUGCAAGUUCGCAACUCCAGAUCAAUAUCAUCCUGGCCUCCUGGACACUAGUUGUUUCUAUCAUUUCAUCCUGGUACGCCGACUGGCUAGGCCGAAGAUGGUUGUGCGCCAUCAGUCUGGCCUUGCAGAGCGCUUGCUUGUUCCUGUUUGGUGGACUGACCAAACUGUAUGGCGAAUCGACUGACACUGGUGGAAUUUAUGGCACCAUUGCCCUUAUUUUCUUGUACAAUGCCGUCUAUGGUUGGGGAAUCACACCGCUGACUGUCUUGUAUCCCCCCGAAGUCCUCUCUUUUGACAUUAGAGGCGUAGGUAUGGGUAUCUACACUUUUACUACAAAGUGCUGCGGUAUCUUGGCGGCAAUGGCUGUACCCUUUGGUCUGGAGGCCAUCGGGUGGCAAUUUUACAUGGUCAACGCGUGCUUUGAUGUGGUAUUGGUGGUCUUUGUCUUGGUAACUUGGGUGGAAACACGAGGCCUUGCUCUUGAGGAAGUCGACAACUUGUUCGACAGAGAGAAGCGUGCAACGGUUGUCGAGCACGUCAAAGCUGAGAAAGAAGGCCUUCAAUAUACUGAGACGGUGGUAUCAGGUCCCUAG